UAAUUCGCAAAUUGCAUUAAUGCAGACGAUGGUUCAUCUUUCUUAUUUAGUUUUAUUGCUUUGUCGGUCCUAGUCAUUAUUUACUGAUAUUAUUUUCUGCUAAUUCCGUAGUAUUUAAAGAUAUUAGUUAUCAGAAUCCUGACAAUGUGCGGAUCUGUAUGUAUCCAGGGUGGUUGUUAUUAGUGGCGUACAAUUUAAUUCUAGUUUUACUACGUAUACGUUUUGGACUGCUUUAAGGUUGAAGAACGAGUAGCAACAUGGAAGAUUCUACUAAAUACCAGCAGAUGCAGGAUGAAAUGUCCAGGUUUGAGGCGGAGAUUUCGGGCAGUGAUGCUGGUGUCGGAGUUGUUUCACGUGCCGUGAUCGGUGCGGCGACAUUUGGUGCAGUGCAGCAACAGCUGGAUCGAGCCAAUGCACCUCUCAUUCCACCCUUUGACAUGACCAUGAUGUACCCUACAGUGCCUCCUCCGCCACCACCACCUUCCAUCAUGGUGCCCUCACAGGUACGGAUGCGCCCAACUACCAGUAGCGAUGUGUUUCCCGUCGCUCCGGCUCUCACGUUCCUGCGACCGGGUCUGCCAGGCCCUCAGCUGAUUCCACCGCCGCCACCAAAGCCUCAACCUGUGGUCCUCUCCGCAGCACCUAAGCUCUAUAAACAACCUAAGGAAGAUGAUGAAAAGAAGGAGAAAGAAAGUCGAAAGAGGAAGCGCACACCGCCUCCUCCGCCGCCACGGCCAGAGCCUGUAGUGGAGCCACCACCAGUAGCACCACCACCACCGAUAAUCAACAUACCGGACACCAACUCUAAACCCAAGAAAGAAAAGAAGAAUAGAAAGGUGGUAAGGACUGCUGGAGGUCAAGUUUGGGAAGACGUGACGCUGUUAGACUGGCCUGAUGAUGAUUUCCGUAUGUUCUGCGGCGAUCUCGGCAAUGAUGUUACAGAUGAACUUCUCACGAGAACCUUUAGUAAAUAUAGUUCGUUCCAAAGAGCGAAAGUUAUAAGAGAUAAAAGGACGAAUAAAAGCAAAGGUUUUGGGUUCGUCAGUUUUAAAGAUCCUGGCGACUUCAUCAAGGCCAUGAAGGAAAUGGAUGGUCGUUACGUCGGGAGCCGGCCAAUCAAGCUGAGGAAAAGCACAUGGCGAGCACGCAGCCUAGAUGUUGUAAGAAAGAAAGAAAAAGAAAAGGCAGCUCUACUCUCUCUUCUCAUGUCUGGCAACAAAAGCUGACAACGCUACUAACUUUAUAAUCUGUAACCUUCAGGGUUGCCAUUCAAAAAAUUUAUUAGAUAGUGACCUCUGAAAAAGCUUAUUUAUGGUCAAAUUAAGCUAGCUGUAUAGUUAAGUGACCCUAGGAUUGUUCUUUAAAAAAUGAACUGCAAUAUGUUAUCUAGGUUAGGCAAAAAUUCCACCCAUUUUGGUGUUAGUAUGUUCCCUAUCGAAUGCAUGUCAUGUUUGAAGACACUUAGGUACAGUUAUCACACUUAUACUUUAUUAUAUAGCCCUGCGUACAGUAAUUGCCAAAAUAAAUGCAGAAAGUUCUUGGUAGAUAGUUGAGAAGCUAAAUAGGAAAAGUAUAGAACUCUUACAGAAUUCGGAGUUAUUUAAUGGUUAUUUAACUUCAUCUUUAGCUGUUAUUUCCGAGACAAAAACUUUUACUUUAUAAAGGUGGAAAAACAUUAGUGACACACUAGCGUUGUGCGAAAAAAACAUGUUUCUGGCGCGACUCAUCACGUCACGACACUGAAAUGUGUCCACCUUUACAAAUAGUUUAAAUAAUCAUUAAAUGUCUUUGAGUACGACAG